AUGGUGCUGAGAUAGAAAUUUUUCAAAUCUUACACACUGACGCUCCUUCUUCCAUCAUAUCAACAUGGACUUUACAAGGUUACAAUCAUAACCUUUGCAUUUGUUGUGCUGUUCUGUGUUGUGUUGAUUGGUGUUGAUGAAUUGAAAAUCCUGACUGAAACAUUUAAAAAUUGUAGUUACAUUUUUAAACAUUUUCCUACAUAAAAAUUAUGAUGCAUGAAUUAAACCUACAGCAAUUUUGAAUAUUGAUGUGAGUUUCCUAAGUUACUGCGUUUAUUUUAAUUAAAAGAGCAACAAGUAACUUUCUCAGUGAUUUUCUUUUAAUAUAUAUUUAAAUAAGGACAACAUUCAUUUGCAGAAAUGGAUGUUCAAAGACAUUCUGUGCAUACUCUUGUCUUUAGAUCUUUAAAGAGAACACAUGACAUGUUCUUAUUAAAUCAAGGUACUUUGCCACCGUUGGAUCCUAAUCUAUUAAGAAUGAAAAAAUCUUUAAAAGCAAAAGACUGUUAUGGACCUAUAUUAGAACGAGUUAAAAUUAAUAAUUUAUCUAAAAUGCAAAAUGAACAUGAAAAUUCUGAUCCUCCACCGCCUGGUGAUGAAUCCUUUGGUGGAAAUAAUAGUAAUGCAAUGGUACCUUAUAAUCCUUUACACAAUAACAACGGAGUUGUUACACAAACAAAUGCACACACAGGAGGUAGUACAGUUAAUAAUAUUGUAAUGAUACCACAAAAAAAGACCCCUUCUAUGGCAAAACCAAAAUGGCAUGCACCAUGGAAAUUAUAUAGAGUCAUUAGUGGGCAUCUUGGUUGGGUAAGAUGUUGUGCUGUUGAACCUGGAAAUGAAUGGUUUGCUACCGGCUCAGCCGACAGAGUUAUUAAAAUAUGGGACCUUGCAAGUGGUAAACUAAAAGUUUCCUUGACUGGACAUAUAAGUAGUGUACGUGGAUUAGCAUUUUCUCAACGUCAUCCAUAUUUAUUUUCUUGUGGAGAAGAUAGACAAGUGAAAUGCUGGGAUCUUGAAUAUAAUAAGGUUAUAAGACAUUAUCAUGGUCAUUUAUCAGCAGUGUACUCCAUGGCAUUACAUCCUAGCAUAGAUGUAUUAGUAACUGCUGGUAGAGAUUCCACUGCAAGAGUAUGGGAUAUGCGUACUAAAGCCAAUGUACAUACACUUGCGGGUCACACUAAUACAGUUGCUAGUGUUAUUUGUCAAGCUGUUGAACCACAGAUUGUUACUGGAAGUCAUGAUUGCACUAUAAGGUUGUGGGAUUUAGCUGCUGGAAAAUCUAGAGCUACUUUAACAAAUCAUAAGAAAAGUGUAAGAGCUGUAACCUUUCAUCCAUCAUUAUACAUGUUUGCCUCAGCAUCACCAGAUAAUAUUAAACAGUGGAAGUGUCCAGAAGGAAAGUUUAUACAAAAUUUAUCUGGUCACAAUGCUAUAGUUAAUUGUUUGGCUGUAAAUGCUGAUGGUGUAUUAGUUUCUGGUGCAGAUAAUGGCACUAUGCACCUUUGGGACUGGAGGACAGGAUACAAUUUCCAACGCUUGCAAGCACCAGUGCAACCUGGUUCAAUGGACAGUGAAGCUGGAGUAUUUAGUAUUACAUUUGAUAUGUCUGGUACCAGAAUGAUUACAACAGAAGCUGAUAAAACAAUUAAAAUUUAUAAAGAAGAUGAUACUGCUACUGAAGAAACACAUCCUGUUAAUUGGAGACCAGAUAUAAUAAAACGGAGAAAGUAUUAAAUAUUGCAACAUUCCUAUUGUACUGAUUUCAUAUUUUCAUGAAUCCUAUGUUAGAAACAAAAUUGAUAGAAUAAUUUAAAUAUUUUAAAGUUCUUCAUUCAGAUCAAAUUCUUCUUCUGGAAAAUUCCCUACUUUUAUAUGCAUUGGUUUUAUGAACCCACCAUAUUUUGAUGAACACUCGAAAUAUUUUUUACCAUUCACACUGCAAUGUAAAAUAUACAAAAUUAAGGUCAAACUGUAGAAUAAUUACUUCCUCCUCGAUUUUGAUGAACGUUGGAUAUGUUACAAAUCUCAACAUUUUGAUCAAUCUUUUCCUAUGAAUACAUGGCACGCACGCGCUUAUUUUCCGAGAUAUCAAAGAAAAACUGUCGCUACUACUACGUUGAAUUUUGUUGAUACGUGCAUAUUGCGGUAGCGCGUAUGCGUGAGUCAGCAGCCUGCUUGCCUAAUGUUUCCACAUAUACAUAUAACACAUUCAACGCUCAUUAAAAUCUGAAAGGAAGCAGCUGUUCUACAGUUUCACCAAAUUAAAUAUACACAUGUAGAUUAAAUUAUAGGUAAAUAUCAAAUUAAUUAUGAUCUUA